AUGAUGUCUCAAACGCCUUCACAAACAAGUGCGGGCCGUGCCCCCGCCCACCGUUCGAUCAGCACCCUCUUCCCUGCCCCCCUCUUCGAGGACAAAUCACUAGGCAAGACAUUCGGCGGCAUCUCGCGCGACGGCUCGCAUGGAUGGAUCGUUGGCGACAGCGAGCUCUUUGUAUUCGAUCUGCAAGGUGACGACGGUCCGCGACGCAAGGCCGAACUCGCUGCUGACCUGCAGGAAGACCAGGCUACGGCUGAGAAGUUCUUGUGCGUUACGGAGGUCACCAUUCGAGGCGAGUCGUUCCUCGCUGCGAGCACACGCGAGCUGCAGGGCGGCGACAGCGCGCUGCUGCUGUUCGAUCUUCGCAGCUGCAAGAUCUGCAGCACCAUCAAGCUUCCCUACUCGGCCAGCGCCAUUCUGCAGCUGGACGGUCUCUCGGGACACAAGCUGUCUGCGGAGCAUGAACCUCUCCUGACCCAGUUCGCUUCGUGCCUCCUGCUCGGUACCACCGGCGGCCAUCUGCUCGCGCUCGACCUCGAUUUCGUGCACCACGAAGUGCGUGAGAUGGAGCUGAAGUACCCGGGCACGGAGUUCGAUCCUGUGCGCUUCUCGGCGGAGCACCCCAAUCACAUCCCGUGCGUGGCGCUCAACAGCGAGCAGCACCAGGGCGGCCGCUUCCAGUACCAGCAGGACCGCGGCGACGCCAUCCUCCUGCCGGAGAAGGCCGUGCACGUCACCGCCCUCGCCUACUCCCGCGAAUUUGACGCGCUCGCCGUCGGAUUCAACUUUGGCACCUUCCAGCUGUGGUCUCUCACCGCCGAGCGCAUGCUCUACUCCUCUCCCAUUGGCGAGGGCGGCCUGGCGACCAAGGUGCCGGUGUCUCAUUUCCUGUUCCAAUGCGACCAGGACGCUGCCGACCUGACAGGCUCGGCCUACCUGUGGAUCGGCCGCAGCACCAUCUCAUCGCCGCUCCACUCGUCGACGCACGCGGCGGAGGUGCAGCUCUUCAACAUCAAGUUCAAGGCGGGUCCGUCCAUCGGGCACAUUGGCUCCGAAUACAAGAAGACCCUGUCAGCGCCUCCCCAAGCGGCCAAGAUCAUUGGCAUCCACCUGCUCACGCCGCGUGAACACGCCGCUGAAGCCGAAGACGGAGGCGACGAGCAGGAGGUGGGCGGCACGGACUGGGACUCGGAAGCCGGCGCACCGGCGGUUGUCGAGAGCCGCAGCCGGUGGGUGCUGUUCGUGUGGGAGGUGCAGGCCGCUGACGGCAGCGCCAACCGCCUGCACAUGGGCCUGUUCAACCUCGACCUCGUGUCGGUAACCGCCGGCUUCGUCCCGCUGGCCUACCCGUUCCAGAAGGAGAAGGCCUGCCUGGCCAUGUGGGUCGACCCGACGUCCGUCUCCGAUUUCUUCGCCUGCACGAGCGGCCUGUUCGCGGAGGAGCGGGAGCGCCUUCGUACCUUCGCCGCCUCGGCGCACACGCUGCCCAUCUCGUUCGACGUCUCGUGCCUCUACAUCGACACCUACACUCAUUGCUCGUGGCUCAGCGAUCAGGAAAAGGCACUGAGCGUGUUCGGCCAGCAGCUGCUGCCGUGGGUUGAUCCGUCGUUGGGACUGCAGACAACUUAUCAGGAGUGCAAGAAUGCGGGACUUCUGCACACGUUGCCGGGUGAUCCGGUUAGCGAUGCGGAACGCGAUUAUCGCUUCCAGUACAAGGCCCUCUUCGACAUGUGUCUCCGCCUGCAGCUCACCUCCUCCAUCUGCCACCUCGCGACGCUCACGAGAGACGACGGCGUUUACGUGUUCCCCAAUCCUCGCAUCGUCCUGGAGUGGGCAUGGGAGCGGUACUCAGCGUUCAACGACGCCCUCAACGAUCACAGCAGCAACCUCUACCUUUCCACGCUCUCGGUUGGCAACAGACGCGCGGAGUCUGCGUUCGCGGACCAGCUCCGGAGAAUCGCGGGUCGCAUGUGGGGCGUGAAGCACGUCUUCGAGGCUCUCCUCUCCCGACACGAUAACACCGACAAGGGGCAGAAGAACCUCGAGGAGAAGUAUCAACAAGUCGUCCAUGCCCUCCAGCAUCUGAAGCUGAUGAUGUGGGUGCGCGAGAAAAUUGAGAACUGGUUGUUCGUCGGCGACUCGCAAACGAUAGACGACCAGUUCCAGGAGCGGCGCCAGCGACGGAAGGAGCUCUACGCCGAGACCCAGCGACGUCUCACCGGCCACGUGAAGGAGGACGUGGAUCUCGACGAAUCGAUGUCGACAUCAUCGGACGACGAGCCAUCCCUGUUCAUUGAGCUUCUGCUGGCGGCGCACCCGAUGGACCAGCCGCUGUACUACCCGCCGCACCACCUCUCCGACUUCCUGCGCACCCUGUUCUCCUCCACCGCCCACCCCGAGCCGCUCAAACACGCCAUUGUGUACUACUGCCUGCGAGACCUGGUGGGGUGGGGCAAGAUCAAGGAGUCCCUGCUGCAGGACUACGCGCGACGCUUCCACCUCGCGACGCCCUACGUGCGACUGGUGGAGGGCCUGUGGGGCCUCGACCGCGGCCUCCUGGAGGACAUUCCCACCGCCUGGAAGAACCUCACCGAAGUCUCUGGCGACGCCGCCGCCAUACUCGAGAAUUGGAAGGGGCGUGUGCUGAGGCUGCUCUACGAUCUGGGCGCACGCGCGCAGGCGCUCUACUUUUUGCGGUGGAUGCAGCCGCCGGCGUUCACGCCCGCAGACGCCAUUCUGCACAUGCAGAUCCUCCUCGAGAGUGACCUCCUCUCGCAGGCCUUUAACUACCAACGCCUCCGCUUCGCUUCCGCCGCCACACCGGCCGAACUGGCCGUGCGGCGGACGCUGCUCGAGCACCUCUUCCAGUUCUUCCUCGCCACCGGCCGCAUGAACGAGCUGUUCAAGUUCCAUUUGGACGCGGGCGAGGAGGAGGCGCUGGUCCACUUCCUGACGGCUAAGGCCAAAGGACCCGGACUGGAGCAGCUCAUCCACUUCUUCCUGCAGCGCGGCCGCUACGUCGAGGCGAUGCGUGCGUACAAGGAGCUCACGUCGUCGGCUGUUCCGCUGCUGCCGCCGGAGCGAGCCCAAUUCCUCGAAUGCCUCAUUCAGAACUACAAGCUCGCCCUCCCCUCGGUCGCCCUCCAGCCCCCUCCCUCCCUCUCCUGGCCCUCCUCCCUUCCCGGCACCUCCGCUUCUUCUUCCACCACGACGGCUCCCUCCUCAUCGUCCUCCACCUCAUCGUCGUCUUCGUCUUCGCUUUCGUUCUCUCUUCUCUCUGUCUUCCCGGCGCCGGCGUCUUCGCUGGCGAUGUCAUCGUCGGCGCCAUCGACUCCGUCGUCGCCGGCAGCGGCACCGACAGAGCAGAUCUCGUUCCCGGUGUCGCCGUUUGGCGCGCCGCCCUCGCUGCAGACGCCGAAGCGCGGCUGGAGGAGCCGACCGACCGACGACGGCCUCACCUCGCCCAGCAACAGAGCCCUCCUCGCCUCGCCCUUCAAGACACCCCUUCAACCGCAGCAGCAGACCAUGUCGCCCUUCGCUCCAUCCACCACCAGCCGAGUAUUCGGCGGCGCCCUGGUGGCAUCGCCCACUUUGCUCGCAUCUUCGCCUCGCGGGUCGCUCGCCAGUCCCGUCGCCUCCAGCCAACUCGCGUCGCCCCUUUACCGCGCGUCGCCUGUGGCAGCGCUGCCGAAGGCGGUCGUGGAGGAGACGGAGGAGCCGGCGCCGGUCAAGCGACGACUGGCCAAGCGGACCAAGCGAGGCCAGGCCGGCCAGACACCCCUCCCCGCCACCGCCACCGCCACCGCCGGCCCACGCACCCGCUCCCGCGCCGCCGCACUCACCGAGUGA